UUUGGAAAACAGCUGUUUGAAGACACAACCUUUUUCUCGUUGUUUGCAGACGGUACCCUGAGAAAAACACCCAGUGUUUUAACCCACACGCACACACCUCUCUCAUCACCACCACAGGUUUUUUUUUUAAUCCACACUAUCGGUCCAGUUCGGCUUAUUUGCUUUUUUUUUUUUUUUUUGUCCUACUGCCAGGAAACUUAACUGGGGGGGGAUCCAUGGUGUUACGUUUCCGUUGUAACAAGUGGAUAACAGGAGGCGACCCGACCAAGGUGUAAUGAGAGCGCUGGUCAUGGACAGAUGAUGGACGUGGAGACGUCGUACUCAGACUUCAUCAACUGUGAUCGCACAGGCCGCAGGAACGCAGUGCCCGACAUCGCCGGGAAGGGAGAGGCAGCGGCCAGCACCAGUGAACUCACCAAAGACCUGGCAGAGAUGGACCUGAAGGCUGCAGAAGGAGACCCGGGGGCCUCCCCAGCUCCUGAGGCAGAGGGCUCCACCAGCCAAGAUGCCCAGGGAGGCGGAGGCCCAUCCUAAACUCAAAAAGCCAGAGGCCGAAUGGGGAGGGGGUGACGGGAAGGAGUGCAAAGUAGAGAGGAAGCAAGUGAAAGUGGUGAGACAUGGAGAAAGGAAAGAGGGAGCGUAUAUCGGUUGUCCUAUCUGGACACGAGGACACCUUCGCUCACUGCCAGCCUGUUUUGGAGCUUCAGCGGCCCAAAUGUACGCCUUCUCUUUGGAUCCGAUUGUAACACACAUAGCAGAACGGAACAGAGUAGAACUGACAGCCUAAGAUGCUGCUCUCUUGCUUCAUUCUCUGUUGGACAUUUAGAUUCCCGACGAGACAAAGAAAGCACAGAAAACCUUGCAUUUACGUCUGGUGAAGAUGGACUGAGCUGAAUUCAUUUCUAACACUCGAAACAUUUGUUCCAACCUGAAUAUGGAACUGUGUCACAGAGGUCGUAGUCAUAAUCAUCCGUUUGUCAGUUUUUUUUUUCUUUCUAUGUACGCGUGUGUGUUUGUGACUCUCUUGUCCUUUUGUCUUUUUUUUUUUUUUUAUUCUUUUUUUUUUU